AGAUCAUAGAUCUAAACAACUUAUUCUACAUCUAAAUUGAUCAAAAUCUGGUAAUUAGUUUAAAUACUGCUCAAACUGCAUUGCUUCGAAAAACUAAAUUUCUUAUAGUGUUGACAAACGAUAGAUAAUAGUCUGGUAUCACCGAGAUCGAGAACUGUUUCGCCAAUUUGGAUUUAAUCUCCAUGUAAAUAACUUGCAAGCUAGAGCAAUGACUGAGGAGUUAAAAGCCUAUCUUAACAAGCUAAUGGGAACAGUGGAGGGUCUCCAUGCUAUAGCUGUGACAGACAGAGAUGGUGUAGUCAUUGUUAAAGUUGCUGGUCAAAUGGCACCUGAUACUGCAUUGCGCCCUCCAUUUUUAUCUGUUUUCGGGGUGAUGACAGAACAGGCUGGUAAAAUGGGAAUGGGGACCAAUAAACGCAUCAUCAAUUUCUAUGACAGAUAUCAGACGAUACAAGUAAAUUAUCACCCAUUGCUGCUUCAUUUUAUUGCAGACACUAAUGCCAACACUGGUCUUAUAUUGGAACUGGAAAAUGAGCUUGAAGAUGUGUUAAAAGAUAUCAGCAAAGUGGUUGGUAUGAUGUAAAGAGAAGACUUAAGUCAUCUGCUGUAAAAUAAACAGACUGUAAAUAAGUGUACUUAUCUACUAUGCUUGAUUUUGAAUGUUCAAUUUGUGAUUACAUUAAUUUAACAUGUGCAUGUUCAUGAAAUUGAUUUUCAUUGUUGUUAGGUAAAUUAUUAAUAAACUGAAAGGGAAAAAAAAA